AUGAAGAUCUUCCUGCUGUUGGCUGUACUCAUGGCGUUGGGUUUGCUACAGGCACAGGGUAAUUUACUGGAUUUCAGGAAAAUGAUCAAGUACACAACAGGAAAGGAAGCUGCCUUAAGUUAUGUCUCCUAUGGUUGCUACUGUGGCAUUGGUGGCAAAGGAGCCCCCAAGGAUGCAACAGAUCGGUGCUGUGCUGAACAUGACUGCUGUUACAAAAAACUGAAGAAAAGUCGUUGUGGUACCAAAUUUCUGAAAUACAAGGCUUCUAUAAGUGGAGGCAAUAUCAUCUGUGAGGACAAGGAUGCCUGUAAGCUUAAGCUGUGUCAAUGUGAUAGAAAAGCUGCCUACUGUUUUGCAAGAAACAAGAGAACCUACAACAAAAAGCUGCAGUUCUACCCCAAUUUGAAGUGCACUGGGAAGGCUCCCACUUGCUGA